AGACGGUAGACCCAUGGCCGACCCAACCCGCACGGGCUCGUUUUAUAAAUCCCCCCUCCGUCCAUCAUCUCUGCUCCCGGAACGAACCCCAACCAGCAACCAGUCCAAGAAGAGGAGCAGAGCACCCCCUCCCCCCCUCCUCGAUUCCAAUCAUAGGCCGGCUCGAGGUGCCGCCCAAUUCAACGGGGCUCGCAUUGUUUACUUACUUGGAGCAGCGCCACUGUUCUUCCUCCUCCUCCCGAAUCAUUGUUUACUGGUCGCAGCAGCAGUUUGGCUCGCCCGCAAUUCUUUAGUAGCCUUGCCUUUUUGUCUCUGCUUCGGAUCGUAGGAGGGAGAAGAAAGAAUAGUGGCUCUGUCUCACCGGCUGGCCGGUGCAGGUGUCCAAACUCCAUCGGGCAGAUCAUUGUUUAAAUCGGGGGGGAAGCAGCGUCCAAACUCCAUCGUAAAGAUAGCAAUCCGUUUUCUCAAGCAGCACAGGCAGCUUCGCGCGUCUUUUCUAAGGGAUAACAAUGGCGCCAGGAGGAGAGAAGAAGAUCCUGGUGGCGAGGAAGGGCCGGCUGCGGCAGCGCUACGACGGCGAGUACCGCCUCGUCGCUGGCUGCGUCCCGUACCGCGUGGGCGCCGACGGCCAGCCCGAGCUGCUCAUGGUCUCCACGCCCAACCGGGACGACCUCGUCUUCCCCAAGGGCGGGUGGGAGGACGACGAGGACGUGCACGAGGCGGCCUGCCGCGAGGCGCUGGAGGAGGCCGGGGUCAAGGGCGCCAUCAACAGAACCGCGCUGGGGAUGUGGGUGUUCAGGAGCAAGAGCAGCCCGGUGAGCGGCGACAGCCCCCGGGGCGCCUGCAAGGGCUACAUCUUCGCGCUGGAGGUCGCCGAGGAGCUCGAGCAGUGGCCGGAGCAGGACACCCACGGCAGGCGGUGGGUGUCCCCGGCGGACGCGUACCGCCUGUGCCGGUACGACUGGAUGCGCGAGGCGCUGUCGGCGCUGCUGGGCCGCCUUGCGGCGAAGCCCGCCGCGCAGGAGAUGAGCGACGGCCACGGCGGCGUGUACAUGAUGGUCAAGGCGGCCGCCGCCGCGGCGGACCGGGCGGUGGCGCUCUGCUAGUGCUAGCUCAUCUCUCGAUGCCACGUUGGUGACUGUCCUGAGUCCUGACUGGCUGACGGGUGCUGAUCAAUUAGCAGUCAGAAAUCGUCUGAUCCUCUCUGUUAUGUUCCUUGCAACAAAGCGAGCUGUCCUAUGUGUAUGAAUGAAAUCGUCGUCUGGGGACUGAAGCACGGCCGUUUCGUUGGACUUUUUUUUGGUACAAGGAAGCCAGUGUUUGCGACCUUGUUUGAUCAACCCAGGGCCUGCAUGUAAAUCUGCCAGCAGAGUUUCCUUAACUUUUUUGUGAAUUUGAGCUUCUGAUUGUGUUCUUA